AUUGGUGAGAACCAGAGCAACAUGUCUUCCGAGGACUUCAGUACCCUGAGUAGCGUGUACCCCGUGCUCACUGACGAGAGACUCAGCAAGGCUCUCUCUGACUGGUUCAAGGAGAACGUCACCUUUACUCGAUGGGAGCACGUCGGCAAAACGGGUAAGGGCGACUCCUGCUUAAGUGAAGUGAUUCGCAUCAAAAUCUUUGGGAAAACAGACCCAAGAGAUCUCAAAUAUAUACAAAUCGUUCUCAAAAGCAUCCCUAAAAGUGUCUCCCGUCGUCUCACCUUCAGGUGUGACGAGUUCUUCAAAAACGAAAUACUUUUCUACACAGAAGUCCUACCAGCUAUGCUUAAAUUUCAAUCCACCAAAAAUAUAUCAGAUCCUUUCGAUAACCAUGCAAAAGUCUUUCUAACGCAUUGUGAUGGAGAAAACGAUAUAAUUUGUCUCGAAGAUGUUUCCAUAUACAAGUUCAAACCAUACCCUGUGAGACAGGAAGGAAUAGAAUACGAACAUUGUAAAGUCACCUUUAAUGCUAUGGCUAAAUUCCACGCGCUUUCCUUUGCUAUGAGAGACCAAAAACCAGAAGAGUUUAACGGAAUAAGCAAUUUAAUAUUUGAAAAUUACUAUGAUGAGCGCAUCUGGGAUUGGUUUAAAGAUUACUGGACACGUAUAUUUAGUAUCGCUAUUGACGCAGUUGAACAAGAAUAUCCUAAUUCCAAAUAUGUCGAAAAGGUAAAAGAAUUCGCUGGUACAGAGACAUAUAAAAAGAUGAUAAAGGCAGUCCAAGACCGUAAGUACGGAGUGAUUUCUCACGGUGAUGCUUGGACGAACAAUUUCCUGUAUAAAUAUGUAAACGGACAGCCCAAUGAUGCUAUAAUGAUAGAUUUCCAGCUUGCUAGAUGCGCGUCACCAGUUUUAGAUAUCAGUUUUGUCAUAUACGCUUGUACUACAGAAGAUAUGCGGGAAAAAUAUUAUGAUGAACUAUUGAAGUAUUAUUAUGAAGUCCUUUCGAGACAAAUACGGGCGUAUGGAAGUUAUCCUAAUGAGGUUUAUUCGUGGGAGGCCUUUAUGGCGGAAGUGAAUAAGUAUUCGUUCUUUGGUCUAGCGUUUAGUUUUUCGUCUACGCCGCAUAUAGUGUUACCUCCUGAAGAAGCUUUUGACAUGGAUUUGAAGGGUCAUAAAAAGCACAACAUAGCCGACAUCUGGACGUUAACUCCGUUCAAGACUAAAGAGGGACGCCAGAGGGAGGCCAACAAUGUGAAGCACUGUGUUGACCACGGUUACAUAUAAAUUGAUAUUGUUUGCCCAAUGAGCCAUAAUAACCCUAAUGUCUGCAUUGAGGACCUCAGUGGAUAGAUUUAGCGCAGAUCUAUCCUGGUACUACCUCCCUGUGUAGAAACGGACUAUACGGAUGUAUGGAUAUGAUAUUUAAUAAUAAAAUGUAGAAUAAAAGACGACUCACGAUGAACUUGCAACUCGGUCCGAACUCGGAUAUUUCAAUUAUAAACAUUGCAGUAAGUUACUGUGUGUAUAGGGAUAGUAGGGAUGUCCAAGUCAAUCUUGCAAUAAAGUAUUAAAACGAAUAAUCAGAAUAAAUAAAUUAACAAGUAUCA